GUCUGUAUCAGGAUGGGUCUAAACAACAUGGUGUAAAUGCAGUUGCUGGUGAGCCUCAUUUCCUGUAGGAGGUGAACAAGAGCAGAGAUCUGUUUCCCUUCAGAGCACAGAGGUUGUUUCUGUUCAGAGAAAGUCAGACUGUCUGACAGUCACUGAGAGACGGUGAAACGGCACAGCACAUGAAUCAAAUGGACCAAAUAAAAUUCUGCUGUUCAGUCUGUUUGGAUCUACUGAAGGAUCCGGUGACUAUUCCCUGUGGACACAGCUACUGCAUGAACUGUAUUAAAAGCUUCUGGGAUGAAGAGGAAAAGAAGAAAAUCUACAGCUGCCCUCAGUGCAGACAGACUUUCACACCGAGGCCUGUCCUGAUGAAAAACACCAUGUUAGCAGAUUUCGUGGAGGAGCUGAAGAAGACUGGACUCCAAGCUGCUCCUGCUGAUCACUGCUAUGCUGGACCUGAAGAUGUGGCCUGUGAUGUCUGCACUGGGAGAAAAAUGAAAGCCUUCAAGUCCUGUUUAUUCUGUCUGGCAUCUUACUGUAAGGAACACCUUCAGCCUCAUUAUGAUGUGGUUCCAUUAAAGAAACACAAGCUAAUGGAACCAUCAAACAAGCUCCAGGAGAACAUCUGCUCUCGUCAUGAUGAGGUUAAGAAGAUGUUCUGCCGUACUGAUCAGCAGAGUAUCUGUUAUCUCUGCUCUGUGGAUGAACAUAAAGGCCACGACACAGUCUCAGCUGCAGCAGAAAGGACUGAGAGGCAGAGAGAGCUGGAGGUGAGUCGACAAAACAUCCAGCAGAGAAUCCAGGACAGAGAGAAAGAUGUGAAGCUGCUUCAACAGGAGGUGGAGGCCAUCAAUCAGUCUGCUGAUCAAACAGUGGAGCACAGUGAGAAGAUCUUCACUGAGCUGAUCCAUCUCAUCCAGAAAAGAAGUUCUGAUGUGAAGCAGCAGAUCAGAUCCCAGCAGGAAACUGAAGUGAGUCGAGUCAAAGAGCUUCAGGAGAAGCUGGAGCAGGAGAUCACUGAGCUGAAGAGGAAAGAUGCUGAGCUGAAGCAGCUAUUGAAGCAGCUCUCACACACACAGGACCACAACCACUUUCUACACAACUGCCCUUCACUGUCAGCACUCAGUGAGUCUACAGACUCAUCCAGCAUCAAUAUCCGUCCUCUGAGCUACUUUGAGGAUGUGACAGCAGCUGUGUCAGAGGUCAGAGAUAAACUACAGGACAUCCUGAGAGAGGAAUGGACAAACAUCUCACUGACAGUCACUGAAGUGGAUGUUUUACUGUCAGAUCCACCAGAGCCAAAGACCAGAGCUGGAUUCUUAAAAUAUUCAUAUGAAAUCACACUGGAUCCAAACACAGCACACAAACAGCUGUUAUUAUCAGAGGGGAACAGGAAAGUGACAUUAAUGAAUCAACAACAGCCUUAUUCUGAUCAUCCAGACAGAUUCACUGUACGAUAUCAGGUCCUGAGUAGAGAGAGUCUGACUGGACGUUGUUACUGGGAGGUCCAAUGGAGAGGGAGAGGAGGUUAUGUAGUAGUUUCGUAUAAGAAUAUUACCAGAGAAGAUUGUGGGAAUGAAUCUAAAUUUGGACGUAAUGAAAAAUCCUGGGCAUUAAAUUGUUAUCAAAAUAGUUAUAAAUUGUGGCACAACAACAUCCAAACUCCUGUCUCAGGUCCUCAGUCCUCCAGAGUAGGAGUGUACCUGGAUCACAGAGCAGGUAUUUUGUCCUUCUACAGCGUCUCUGAAACCAUGACUCUCCUCCACAGAGUCCAGACCACAUUCACUCAGCCGCUCUAUGCUGGACUUUGGCUUUACUGCAAUUUUGGAGACAUUGCUGAGUUCAUUAAACUGAAGUAGAAUGAAGUAUAUUUGUAUUGUCUAAUUGUCUAUUUCACUUUUAUACAACUGUGACAUGCUUGAAUCCCUGUUGGAUUCUGUAUGUACACAUCCAGAUUCAGUUUAAUGGGUUUGCACUCAUGGAGAUUCUGCUAAUUUUAUUAAACAGAAAUAGACCAAAAUCUUUCAUAUUGUUAUGCUUUUUAAUCUGUAAUAUAUAACAUCAUUUUAUUUUCGCUCCAUGAUGGUUGUGGCAUUUCUCAACAGCACAGAGAUCAGCUGUCAGUCAAACAUUAUGGGUGGUACCUCCACAUCUUCUAGUUGUUCUCUUGAUGUUUCUGAGUUUUUAAAGGAGAUCUUUCCUGUGACUGUUUAUGGAGGCUAUCACUGCUCAGCAUCAUUUUGAUUUACUAAAAUAUUUUUCCACAUGAAAAUGUAAACUUCUCUGUGCUCUAAAAGUUUGUUGAAAAUUUACAUGUUUUUUUAUGUUGUCGUUUUUGUUCCACUUCAUUGGCCUUAACAAUGAAAUCAGCAGACCUUCUUUUAUCAGAUUUUGUUCUCAUAAGUUUGCAAAGUCACAUUUCCUUAUGUCUGUUUGGCAGACUUUUAUUGUUAAAAUCAACAAAGAAUUGAGGUAAAACUAUGAUCUCAAUGAAUAUAUGAAAUAUAUAAGUUCCUUUUUUAAUGUGUGAUCAAACUACAAGUUUUCAGGAUUAAUAAAACUUUGAACAAAG